UCCAAUCUUGAAUUCUCUCCAUCCUCCAAUCUUUAAUUCUCUCCAUCCUUCAAUCUUUAAUCCUCUCCAUCCUCUAAUCUUUAAUUCUCUCCAUCCUCUUUCUUCCCUUCUGUCAUCGAUCUUUCCAUCAAACCAUUCCCUAUAUUCCCUCAUUUCUUACAUGUCGUCAAUCCUUCCUUUUAUCCCUCCUUUCCUCUCGAUCUUCUUCUCAUUCCCAAAAUCAUCCCACCCACCACCCCCUCAAUCAUUCCGCCACGGUUAUCCUCACAUCCCAUAAUUCCUCGAAUUGCCUCCACUUCGACGCUUUGAUCACCUCCAACGUCCCACCCCUCUUUUCCUCUCUGUAUCGCACUUCCUCCAAAACCUUCAAUUCUCCCAUCAUUGUAACCCUCUAAUCCCCUCCAUCCUCCAAUCCCCUGAAUCUCCUUUACCUUCAAAUCCUCCCUCAAUCUUCCAAUUCUCCAACUCUGAAAGUUACUAUUGGCCGUAUAUUUGUUAUGCUGGGGAUAUACUGUAGAAGAGGAUUAGGAAAAUACUCAAUAUAUAUCAGUAUAUAUUAUAUAUAUUGAGUAAACUGGAGAAGAUCAUUCCACAAGAGAAUAUUAUAUCGAGAUGAUGGGUUAUGUGUUGUAAAAGGAUCGGGACCAGAGAUUGAACAAAUUAGGAAGAAAAUGUUUCUUUAAAGAUUGUAAACUCAAGGUUACAAUAGAGGGAAAUGUUACAGUUACAGAGUUCUUGGAUGUUUAUUUUGAUCUAAGAAAAGAAAGUUUUAAACCAUACAGAAAAAACAAUGAAAUUCCUGUUUACAUCAAUGUCAAAUCUAAUCAUUCUAGGUCUAUAAAAAAAGAACUUCCAAAAAUGAUUGAAGAAAGAGUUUCUAAUUUAUCAUGUUCCAGAGAAGUUUUUGAGAAUGAGUCAAAACCCUAUAUGGAUGCACUACAUCAAGCAGGAUAUACGGAGAGACUUGAAUUCAACCCAUCUAAUCAAAACAGUGAUAAAAAGAAAACAAGAUCAAGACAAAUUAUUUGGUUCAAUCCUCCUUUUAGUGAAACAGUAAAGACAAAAGUAGCGGAAAAGUUCUUAAGUUUGAUUGAUAAACAUUUUGGAAAAACAGAACUGAGAUAAUACUUUAAUAGAUCAACGAUUAAAGUAUCAUAUUCUUGUAUGGACAAAUAUAUUGAAGCAGUUCUUUCUGGACAUAAUAAGAAACUUCUGAGUAAAACCUUUAAAUCAAAUCAGGAUAAAAAUGUAAAAGAUUGCAAUUGUCGUAGUGGAACAAAGAAUAGUUUUCUAAAUGGAAAAUGUUUGAGUAAAGGAGUGGUUUAUAAAGCAGAAGUGAUGUCAACAGGGAUGACUGCAAGUUAUAUAGGUAUGGGUAAAGGAGAAGGAAUUUGUGCUUCAAAACACAGUGAGGAUCCGGGUGGGUCCGGAGACAUGCAGUUCUGGAAGAAGGAUAAGGACGGAGAGAAGAGUAAAGAGAAAAUAAACUAUAGAUCCAGACUUGAACAUAAACAAUAUUUGGCCCAGGAGAGUCCUGAGCCUGUUUAUGAUCUGUCAGAGUGUGGAUUGAAGAAUGUUCCAUCAGGAGUAUUCUCCAGGUGUAAAGUUCUCAGGAAGCAAGCUCUUCUUCUCCAGGAUAAUGAGUUAACCCAGCUGAAUGGUGGAGGAAUUCUCUCUGAUCUAGGAUGUAUCUCCGUCCUUGAUCUUCACAACAACUGUCUAGAGAAGCUACCUGAGGAAAUAGGAACCCUAAAUUCUCUCACGACCUUAAAUCUGGAGAAUAAUAAAUUAAAGCAGCUACCCAUCUCCCUGGGAUCCUUGAAACAGCUUCGAACGCUCAAUCUCUCCGGGAACUGUUUAAAGGAGCUCCCCACCUCCCUCUCCUCCCUGAGCAACCUAACCACGCUAGACCUGCGGAAUAAUCCUAAACUAAAGAAGAUUCCGGUUGAGUUCUCCGGGUUUAGAUGCCUAGUGAACCUGCUCCUGGAUCCUAAACAUAUCUCCUAUCCUAGCUCCGAUAUUGUGAACCAAGGCACUGAGGCAAUAAUGAGGUUUCUGUGCAAAGAGUGUGAUAUAGAAUAUAUUGAUCCGUCUGAGUGCCUUCCGAUCCAAGCUAACGGAGAAAGUAAACCUGCUCCACCCUUGGAUCCCUAUCAGGAUAUAGUUACGUCACAUCUCGCCAAGGCGGAAAUGAUUAAGGAACAGAAGAGGAAGCAGUUUGCUUUGUUAGAGCAGCAGAAGAACGAGUCUAGUGCUGCUGAAAUUAGGUUAAAAGAGCAGAAUAUGGAGAACAAGAAGAAGCUGCUUCAAGACCUAGCGCAGGAGGAAUCUAAGAAGGAUGAGAGUAUGAAGAAACUUCAGAAGGAGAAGGAUGAGGAGAGAUCUCAGCUGUUCAGUAAGAUGAGCUCUGCGGAGAAACAGACCGAUGUUCUUAUCUCGGAGUUAAUCACUUCGGAGAGUAGAUAUUCAGAUCCUCAAAAGGUGAUGGAGGCCCUGGUGAAGGACAAGGAAGAGAUGGAGAAGUUGUUCACGAUCCACCAGCAGGACGUGGACAAGCUCAAGGAGAAGGAAGUACUAAGAUCUAUGCAGCAGAUGAUGGAGAACGAACUGCAGAAGGAGAUGACACGAAGACAGUACGAGGCUAGACAAGGAAUAGUUCAGGAUGCUCUCAAGUCUAGUUUAGAGAAUGAUAAAGCUGUGGAGAGUGCACUCACGAGCAAGGGAAAACAUCAAGACGAGCUUAUUGGGAAACUACUGGAGGAUGAGAAGUAUCAGAGAGAAAUGUUCCAAUCUUUGCUUCUCAACCAGGAUCAAAGAGUUCAGGAGAUCAGUGGACAGAUGGAUCUGAUCCAAAAGGAGCUGGCGACACUCACCAUGGUCGAGAUGAAGAAACGAGAUCUCAAGGUUGAGUUUGAACUCGAGGUUCUCAAAGAUAAGAGAGAAACUCUGACCCAGCUUCUGCUUGAUCUUAUUCAGAAGAAGAAGGAGAGGGCAGAUGAUCUCCAGGAUCUCCUGGGUGAGAUUGAAGCUGGUAAACUUGAGACCCAAGAAAACUACUGGUUAAUCCAAUAUCAGAAACUUAUGGAGUCUAAACCUGCCGGAGUUCAGACCAUGGAGGGAGAAUUAGAUCCUCAGGUUCGGAGGGUUCUAGCUGGAGCAGGAGCGGAGAAACUUAUCCCUAUCUUUGCAAGGAAAAAAGUUACCUUCAAAGAGCUGUCAUUUGCGGAUCACGUGACUCUGAGACAGUAUGGAGUAGACAGUGAAUAUACAAGGAACCAAAUACUCUCAGCCGUGGAGACGAUGCUAAUCAGUCAGAACGGAUCUACAGCUCCAUCAGCUCCGGAACCUAUCCUAGACGACUCCGUUCCUUCAGCUCCGGUCGACGAUUCAGCUCCAUCAGCUCCGAUUAGUAAUAUCAUUGAAACAUUUCAUACUGGAGAAUGCGUGGUUUGCAUGGAACGUAAGAGCGAGAUUAUAUUCCUGCCUUGCGGUCAUUUCUGCAGCUGCUCCAACUGUGAACAGAGCAUAGAUGCUUGUCCGCUCUGCAGAAACCCUGUUCUACAGAGGGUUAGGUUAGGAUAGAUCUCCACAAGAAUAGUACAUUGAGAUUCUGGUUUGAUGCUGGCAAGCAAAAAUAUUAAAGCUUGAAGAAAAUAAAUCAUAAAUUUAUCCUUCAAUUAUACAAACAAUAAACAUGAUAAUUAAGAGGUGUUAAGUAUUUUUCCAAAUGUAUUUUCCCAUUGGGACUUCCCAAGUGAAAACUUACAGAGUGGCAACUUCCCAAAUGUUCAGUUUCACAAGCGGCAACUUCCCAAAGGUUAGGUUAGGCCCUCUGAGGGGCUGCAGGCUGCAAAUGGCCGAGCUUGAAUGGGCUAGGAGGCCGAACA